AUGUCUGAGCAAGAAGGUCCCGUUACCGCCUACACAUGGCAAAUUUCCGCCCAAGACCAGCAGGGCGGUCCCGGUCUCGACAAGGACAUGAAGGAGCAGGCCAACUGGACACAACUCGAGUUCUGGGAUGACAACGGCAAGCCUUACCUCAAGGAGUAUGAAGGCAGAGGUCUUCUGCAAGACAAGGCUGUUCUCAUCACCGGUGGUGACAGCGGUAUUGGUCGUUCCGUCGCCAUCCUCAUGGCAAGAGAAGGUGCCGAUGUUUCAAUCCUCUAUCUGCCCGAGGAAGAAGAGGAUGCACAAUGGACCAUCAAGCAGAUUGAGAAGGCUGGUCGCAAGGGUCACGGUAUGCAGUAUGAUCUCAAGGAAGAGUCCAACUGCAAGGCCGCCAUCGACGAGCACAUCAAGGUCUUUGGCAAGCUCAACGUUCUUGUCAACAACGCUUCCAUGCAGGAGUCGUGUGAGGACCACAGGGAGAUUGACAUUUCGGUCGUCACAAAGACCUUCCAGACCAACAUCAUUCAGAUGAUGGCCCUGAGCAAGUACGCCCUCCAGCACAUGAAGCGUGGUGACAACAUUGUCAACUCAGCCUCCGUCCUCGCAUACAUGGGUGACGCAUCGAAGGUCGACUACAGCUCUACCAAAGGUGCAAUUGUCACCUUCACUCGCGCACUCGCAAAGCAGCAGGCGCCUAGAGGCAUCAGAGUUAACGCCGUCGCACCCGGAAUCAUCUGGACUCCCCUCCAACCCGCCACCGCCAACGUACCUGCUGAGGGCAUGAAGAAUGUCGGCAAGGGCAUGGCCCCCAUGGACAGAACUGGCAUGCCCAUCGAGAUUGCCACUGCCUACAUCCAAUUGGCAUCGCCUUUUGGAUCCUACUUCACCGGCGAGUGCAUUCACGGUACCGGUGGUAUUGAGAUGCAAGGUUAA